CUAUUUUUUAAUUCUGUUUUCUUUUUAUCUUUUAUUUGGUAUGUAUGGCUUUCAUGCUUCACUGACAUGCUUUUGAUGAUUGAUUGUUGUGGUGUUUACACCAUUACUUGUUAAAUGGUAAGAUAUUGUGAUGUGAAAUACCUGUGGAUGCUUUUGGGAAAUUUGGGUUCAUUUAUGUGUCUCUUAUUUUGUAAUUUGUGAAACUCUAUUUGGAUGGUUGCGAUAGGUCUGGCUUGGUUGGAUUGGGUGACCUGACCCAGCCCAUUUAAACCCAUAUUGGUGGUCCCGGUGGGGCAGGGUUCAACCCAAGAACAACCCAUUUACUUCAAUGGGCUAUAUUUUUAGGCCAAACCAGACCCACUACCCACUACACCGGAGUUUUGCUAAGACCAGCACGUCUAAUGCUCUGUCCAUGUACACACCAACCACACAGCCAUUGUGGCACACAUAUACAAGAUCCUGACCGUUCAUCAGGUGGACAACAAGGAGUAGAUUCAUGAGCCAAAAAAUCUGGAGGAUUUCAUUUCACGUGGGCCACAUUUUAUAAAACAAAUGAAUGGCAAAAAAUUUCUUUAUUUUUAUUUUCCACUCAGACCAUUUGUUUCAUAAACUGUGGCACACCUGAUGAAUAGACUGCCACGAUUUUUGUGCCAAAAUAUCUUCAAAGACUGGCCCACCUGAUGAACUGCUUUGAUCUUGCCCGUGUCUGCCAUAUUGGCUCAUACACUGUGCAAAUGGGCGAUGGUGUAUACACCUGGGUUGGCUUAGCAAACCUCUUCCACACCCUUUUGGCCGAAACUAUUUGAAAAGAACUAAAGAAUGCUGAUUUAAAUCCUUAUGGAUUAUACCCUGCUUCAUAUAUUGCAUGUGUAUUGAUCAAUUGCAUUACUUACAAGUAGGACUCGAGAGAAAUGUGAUGAAUAAGGGUCCACCUGUACUAUCCAUGGAAGAAAGCUGUGCCAGCUGUGCCAAAGAGAUACAAGAACCUCCUCAGCUCAACAUUGAGCCUGCACUUCAACCACCUAUGCCAGCUGCAGACACUGGAGAUUUGUUGGGCUUGAACGAGAUUAAUCCUGAUACCGCUGUAAUUGAGGAAAGCAACGCAAUGGCUCUUGCCAUAGUACCACCUGCUUUUUCCAAUCCAAAUUACAUGCCAGGAGUUGUGAGUAGAGAAGAAAGGUUCAUUUGGUUUGGGAAUCUCAGUAACAAACCAUGAUGUAGCUCUGUUUCCAAGUCACAAUGUGGCCGUCCAUGUUGAUGUUCAGGUGGUGCUUUUACAAUGACUUUUACUGGCGGUCACAAAACCACAUAUCUUUAAUUUCAGGUUUCAUUUUUUAAAAUGUGCCAGUUCCAUAAAAUAAUGUUUGAUCAUUGCACACAAUUUCAAAAUUUUCUCAGUAAUAUGUUCUUUCAGAUACUUUACACUCUUGAGUGGAGAAUCUUGUAAUUCCCUUGUUUCAAUUAGUAUUUACUAGUAUCUACUUACUGCAAUUUGAAGAUUGGGUCCUGAUUUUUAUUUCUCAUUCUCUCUCUCUUUUCUAGCACAGAUGCUUCUGGGAUCCAAUGUCACAAUAGCUGUUCAGGACCCAUCCUUUCUGGUAAUGUCAUGACACCCAUAACUUUCUUUGGUAGUUCAUAAAACAAACAUAUUACAGCUGAAAUCUGUCUGACACUUAGAAUGAUAUUACAUGAUCUGUUUGUAUGCUUAUUUUCAAAUCAUCAAUGAGCCGCAAAGGCUACUUGCGAGUCUCCCCACAUGUGCUGGGUCCGGGCUGAUCAUAUGGUGAGCCCCACCAUGAAUGUUUUGUGGCCAGAAAAUCAGCUGGUCCAGUGAUCAGGCUGGUCCAGUUAUAUCAACCAUCCAGUUUUUGUACAAGUGUGGCCCUCCCAUUGGCCAAAUUGUCCUUAAUUUCAGGCCACACACAUCUAAGGUGGGCCCCAUGUAAUGAAAUGCAUGGAUCUUACACCUUGGCUCAUGUUGGGAGAGUAAAACUAUUCUUCGCAUUUCCUAGCUUUUCCUCAAAAAAUGAGUAAAACCAUUUAAAAAAGAAAAAGAGAAAAAAAAGAUGCUGCUUUUGCUGUUUAACUGACCAAUUUACUGAAUGCUAAAUAUUAACCGAAAUAGGAUACUACUACCUGUAUGGCUAUUAAGUCGCUUAAAGAACUACCAAAUAUU